AUGUAUAUCAAAUUUGAACAAUAUGUAACAAAGCAAUGUUUAAUAGUGGCUUGUCUAAACCUAGGACACAUACUAAGCGGGUACUCCGUGGGCUGGUCGUCUCCCGUGUUAGUAAAACUGUUUGAUGCCGAGCAGAGCCCUCUACCGGUUGUCAUUACAACUACGGAGGCGUCGUGGAUCGCGUCUUCAUUUAUGGCUGGAUUAGUUAUAGGCAUCUUCCCUCUCGGAAUUAUCGCAAAUAUAAUUGGAAGAAAACCCUCUAUAGUUUUAUCGUCAUUACUCACAUUGACGGGACAAACCUUGUUAGCUGUGUCUUUAGAUACGACUUGGAUAUAUUGUGGACAAGUGAUAAAAGGUUUGGGAGUGUCCGGAUUAGCUCUCUUGGACUGUUUGUACAUUGGAGAAAUAGCGUCGCCAAACAUCAGAGGAAUAUUAUUCACAUCAACAAAUGUUCUCCACGCAUUUGGCACACUACUAGUAUAUGCUAUCGGCCCAUAUGUCUCGUACAGGGUGGUUUCCUACGUAUUCAUUGUUAUCAAUGUUGCACAUCUGGUCAGCUGUUCUUGUUUUAUACCUGAGAGCCCUGUGUUUUAUGUUAUAAAAGAUAAAGAAGAAGCUGCCAAAAAAGUACUCCACGAACUCGGGAGAAGCAAAGACAUAGACACAGAAUUAAAAACAAUGAUAGAACAGCAUAAAAAAAAUAACACUGACGCAAAAUGUAUCCAACUAUUCACAAUAAAAAACAAUAGGAAGGCACUGAUUAUAAAUCUCGUGUUGUUGAUAUUGAAUCAAGGGAGUGGCAUGACGUGUGUGUUAUUUUAUGCUACAAUGAUAUUUGAGAGUGCUGGUGCAGGUUCGUCUAUAGCUCCCGAAAUAUCUUCCAUGAUACUGGGAGUGACACAGCUUGUGGGUGCGAUAGUAACACCGUUUUUCAUUGAUAAGUAUGGGAGAAGAACAUUGCUGUUGUUGUCUUUGCCGUUGUGUUGUUUGUUUCUGACCACUUUAGGAGCCUAUUUUUAUCUAGAAAUGAUCAAGUAUUCAUCGAUAGCCUCCAUUCGGUGGCUGCCUCUGUUUGCUCUCAUGGCGUAUUUAUUUAGCUUCAGUUUUGGUAUAAAUUGUGUACCAAACGUCCUCCUUGGAGAAACCUUCCGCCCCAACAUGCGCAGUCUCGGCGCCUCCACAGCUUCGACCAUCGGCUGCGUCGCCGGCUUCGUCAGCUUGGCCAGCUUCGGGCCCAUGGUGACCGCCUUCGGCAGCCAUGCUGUCUUCUGGAUAUACGCCGGACUCAACUUCUUUGGGUUCCUGUUCACGUUCUUCGUGGUCCCGGAGACUAGGGGUAGGAGCUUGACGGAGAUUGAACGAAUGAUGGGAUGAG